ACACACACACACAGACACACACACAGACAGAGACAGCAGACCUCCUCCUCCUCCUCCAGCAGCGCACAAUGAACCAACUCCGGAGCAACUUUAGGACUCCAAUCUGUCCCGGGUCUCACAGAGCCCUCUGCUCCUGAGAGAAGAGUCGAGAAGUUUCUAUUUUACAGCAGGAGUAGUCACCAGUUGGACCUGGUCCUAGGUUUGACUGGUUUUCCCUCCGUGUUCAACAAACAGCUCGUGCUCACCUGCAGAGAACUAACCAUGCGCUGGCGGGCUGCGCUCUCCCGGUUUACCUCCCUCCUAUUCCUUCUUUCCCUUCCCCCUGUUUUCUCGUCCUCCCGUCCUCAGUGGAUCCUCCAGCGUGUCCCUGUGGUCCUCCCGCAGCAGACUGAGACACGACCGGUCCCUCACUUUCUGUCCCCAGCCCGCUUGGAUGUCAGCUCCCCUUGUGACCCAGAAUGCCACAAGAGAGCCCCUCGCCCCAGCUACUGGGACCUACGGCAACUUCUGGCAUAUGAGACUCUCCACUCUGACGGUCAACUGACUGAAACUGCCAUUGGGAUCUAUGGCUUCAAUACCAGCUCUGACAGUAGUCCGGCCUACUCUUCGGGGUCCUCUGGGAAGGCAGAGCGGUCACACGUGAGGAGGAAGAGACAAAUCUUUGGCCAUGAUGGGCGUUUCAGCAUUGCUGGGCAGAACUUUCUGCUAAAAUAUCCGUUCUCAGUAGCUGUCAAACUGUCCACCGGGUGUUCUGGUACGUUGGUCGGGGAUCGUCAUGUUCUCACAGCUGCUCACUGCGUUCAUGAUGGUAAAAACUACGUUAAAGGAGCACAAAAGCUAAGAGUUGGGUUUCUUAAACCCAAGCACCGAGACACACAGCCCUCUUACUUUUACGUUCCCUCCAACUUCACCAACCACGUUGAAGGUGCUUAUGCCCCACCCAUCAAAGACAAAAUGAAGUUCCAGUGGAUCAGGGCCAAGCGCACCCACGUUCCUAAAGGAUGGAUUAAAGGGAAUGCUAACGACAUCGGGAUGGACUAUGACUAUGCUUUGCUCGAGCUCAAGAAACCACACAAACGUCGCCACAUGAAAUUAGGAGUCAGCCCUCCGGCUCAGAAGCUGCCCGGUCGACGAGUUCACUUCUCAGGAUACGAUAACGACCGUCCAGGAGAGCUGGUGUAUAGGUUCUGUCGGGCCGGAGAAGAGACGUCGGACCUGCUCUACCAGCACUGUGAUGCUAAGCCUGGCGCCAGUGGCUCAGGAGUCUAUGCCCGCAUGUGGGAUGGGCGACACAGGCGCUGGGAGAGGAAGGUCAUAGGUGUGUUUUCUGGGCAUCAGUGGGUUGAGCGGCAAGGGGCGUCUCAGGAAUUUAACGUAGCAGUGAGAAUCACGCCUCUAAAAUAUGCUCAGAUCUGCUAUUGGAUUAAAGGAAACUUUGUGGACUGCAGAGAGGGAUGAAGAAAAGUAUUGACUGCAUCCUCAAACAGCAUACUUAAUUAUUCAGGCCACAAGAACCCACAAUUUUCACCCCAUUAUGUCUGUGAGCGUUCUCAGUCAUCCUGGUCAUGAUACAUCGAAGCUUGAUCCAAAGGCAACUUGACUUACUUAAAGAUCUUGAAAAAAUCUUCAACUAAGUCCAGUUGCCUUUGGAUCACCCCAUUACUUAAAGCACUGAUGUCAUAUCAAAAUACAUAUCAACCAUUAGUUUGUUGCCCUGAUUCUGAGACGCAAAUAUCAGUCAUGUAAUUACUGAAACAAAUCCAGUAAUGAUACUAAAAUAUGUAAACAGGGUGUUUCAUUUCUUUUUUGUUUAGUUUUGCAUCUUCUACCACAUCACUAAAAUAUGGAAAGGAGUGACACUGUUUAUUAGAGGGGAAACAUUCAGGUCAUGGGGUUCGUCAGAACAGAAUCUGCUUCUUUGGACAUUUACCUGGAUAGCAAAGCUAUCUGGAAGCCUCAGAUCUGGAAAAAAAAGAAGAGGUUUUGGAAAAACAGGCCCUCAGAUUACAAGGAGCUGGACUGAGGAAACGUUUUCUAUGCAUUAUAUUGUUGUUGUGCUUAUACUAAAGAUUGCACUGUUAAAACCUUCAAAGUUUUUCUACUGAUGUUUUUUUGUGGAUGAAUGUACAAGUCAGCUACCAAAGUUGCAAACUUUUCUCUCCAAACUGUUUUCUGUCUCCUCUCCGAGGACAUACUGCUAUCUCAAAGAAUGAUGUACUCGGUCAGUUUUGCAGGAACUCAUAUUACUCAGAGUGAUAUUAAAUGGUUGCAGAUGACGCUCAGCUACAAGAAGCACUUUUGUUGAAUAUUGUGUUAAUGCUUAGCUCCCUCUGGUGGCAUAAAUAAAACAUUGCAGGUGUCAGCAUUAAACAUAAUGCCGACUUAGCCUUGGCUUACAUAAGCACUUUUUACUUUCUCUUUGUUUCUCUCGUGAUGUUGCAUUAUUUGUGUUCGACACUUUAUGCCUGUGGAAAUGUAUUGAAAUAUAUGCUUUAAAAUAA